GAGAAUCACUGACCAGCAGUGGCCGUAGCGGGUUUCGGAGCAACGGACUCACUGAAAUCCUCCGGUUUCUUCUCAACGAAUUCGAAGCCAGACUCUCCGUUCGACUCGUCGGUCAUCUCGGCGAUAUCAACAACAAUGACUACUUCAACGAGCGAGAGACAAGACAGCCUCGUUUAACGAUCCGGCCGUGCGUGUAUAGGUACGUCGUAUUGUUAUGUCACUUGGCUGGAUCGACUGUAGCGGCCAGAAUAACUGGAUCGUUGCUGCGAGACUUUCACCUCUCGAGCCUAAACAAAAUAAGCCAAUUACACACUCUACGCUGCUGCAGCUACGCUUUUUCCCCUCGAUCUCCCGUAGUGUCAACGCCACGUGAUGACGUUCUUUGCGCGAGAACUGCGCUCGCGAAGAAUAAAAACAUAUGCGUCGUUGGAUGUGGGUGUUGUUUGUAAACUCGGCUUUAGCUCGCGAACGCUUUGUAAGCGCGGCUUGAUCGAAACCGUACGUGAUAUCAACAGAUGGGUGGUUUCGGCCCCUGUUUAUCACAAUUUCUCGACGGCUCAGAGUGUAAGGAGGCGCGUCUGGUCUGAGCAGUCUGAGGGAUCUUUCGGCGCACUGCGCAUGAAACUGUUGGCCAGUCCGCGGUCGGUGACAACAAUAUAACCUCAUACUUGAGUGCGAACGAGGAAUUAUCAUUGAGGCAUAAGAGUCAUCAUUAGGAAUUAUCAUUGAGAGGGCGAGAGAAGAGAUAAAGAGAGCAGAGGUUGACAGAUUGGCAAAGAUGGCUGACAAUAAGGAACUUCCGCCGCUUUUCGACAACGACGAGCCAAAGAACGAGAUGGAUCUCGACGACGACGACGACAGUGAUAUAUUCGCCUCGGCUAUACAGGAUUACAAUAUACAAGAAAACACCUCACCAUACAAUGGUGAAUCUACUAUUCAAGCAGAACUGCCAAAGUUGUCCCUCAGAGAUGCUGUCCAAGACAAUUCUUUGUCCACUCUUUCAAGUCCUGCUGCACCAUCAGGACCACUCAGUCCUCCUCUGGAUCCAAUGGGUGGUGAUAUUGGUGACCUGCAUGAUGUUCCCAUCAAUGAUGACGAGGAAAACCCACAAUCCAAUAUUACCAAGUCUCAGUCAAUGGAGGAAGUCCUAACUGAAUCCUCAGACAUGUUUUUGCAAAUCACUGUUACCUCACCCCAAAAAAUGGGUGAUGGCAUGGGGUCAUAUGUUGCCUACAAAGUUGAAACAAAGACUAACAUACAGUUGUAUAGGAAAAGAAGUUUUAGUGUAACUAGGCGUUUUAGUGACUUUCUUGGAUUACAUGACAAACUUACAGAAAAAUAUUUAAGGAAUGGCAGAAUUAUUCCACCAGCACCUGAAAAAAACGUUAUUGGUACAACAAAAGUAAAAAUGUCAGGGGAAAAGAACCAAGAGCCAAGCUCUGGAUCUAACGAGUUCCUAGAGCGACGUAGAGCCGCGCUAGAAAGGUUCUUAAAUAGGGUCGCAGCUCAUCCGAUAUUUUGCGUCGACCCAGAUUUUAGAGAAUUUUUAGAAGCAGAUAUGGAAUUGCCGAAAGCUACAAAUACCUCAGCAUUGAGUGGUGCUGGCGUUAUGCGUUUGUUCAACAAAGUUGGAGAAACCGUAAAUAAAAUCACUUAUAAAAUGGAUGAAAAUGAUUCGUGGUUCGAAGAAACGGUCACCCACGUCGAUUCUCUCGACACUCAAUUGCGCAGUUUACACGCAGCGGUUGAAACUUUAACGAACCAGAGAAAAGAAUUGGCGGGUUGCACGGGCGCUACUGCUCGAUCUAUCGCCGUUUUAGGUCACGGUGAACCGGGCGCCUCUCUGGGCAGAGCUUUGGCACAAUUGGCUGAGACUCUGGAAAAGGUCGAGGUCGUCAGAAAAGCUCAGGCGAACAGUGACCUUUAUCAAUUUGGAGAAAUGCUUCGCGACUAUGUGGCUCUAAUAGGUGCUAUUAAGGAUGUAUUCCACGAACGAGUGAAGGUCUUUCAAAAUUGGCAACAUGCGCAGCUAAUGUUAAACAAAAAACGUGAACAGAAAGCACGCUUAGAACAGUCAGGUCGGUCGGAUAAGACGAGUCAAGCAGCCACAGAGGUCAUCGAGUGGGAGUCAAAAGUUGAACGGGGCCAAGAGGAAUUUGAUAAUAUAUCCAAAAUGAUUAGAAAAGAGGUUGAACGCUUCGAAAUGAUUCGGAUACAUGACUUCAAAAAGCAGCUCAUACAGUAUCUAGAGGCUAUGCUGCAGCACCAGAAUCAACUCAUCAAGCACUGGGAGAGUUUCUUGCCAGAGGCCAAGUCUGUCGCGUGAGCUUCCAUUAAAAUGAGAUGGAUCCUUUUCUACGCUAGGCAAAAGCACCGGAAAAUCUGCUCAAUUCUCCUCGCGAAAAAUCAUAACCAUGUCAAAGGCAUUUUUUAAUCAUCCAAAUAUUAUUAUCUAAUGCGUCGCCAAUGGCAGGAACACUACUGCAACGGUUUAAAAAUUUCAUUUUUUGAAAGAAAAGAUCUGAUUGUAGUAUAAUGUUGCAUUUUUUGCAAAAGAUUUAUCAAAUUUAUAGUUGGCUUUGUAGUAUUGAUUUGAUUUUUUUGUAAAUUUAGACUUUCAUGUACUUUGCAACUUAGUAUGCCGAGGACUAUUCAAUCAUGAUUACUAUAAAGUAUUUUUCAAGUAUACUUGAAUUAUGUGAUUAAAAGGUAGAUGGAUACUUUUAUAUUUGCUUUUUAUUGCAAACAAAUAAUGUAAGUCAGUUUUCUAUACAAUUUUCAGACUGUUUUUAGGGUACAUUAUGUAUUAUUUUGAGAAUACAACCAUAUUUUGUUAAAAUGUAAGUAACUUCUACAAAAGUUAUAAAAUUAUUGACACUUAAGUUUUCUUUUAAUUUAUGAUGACUAUUUUCUUGACAUUGUCAUAACUUUUCUGGUCUUAGAUCUUUUCUUUAUUUAAAACAAUUGAUAGAAUCCAUGGUUAAUAUAACUUUUGAAAAAGCUCAAUGUAUAACAAAUCUGUGGGAUAAACAAAAUUAUUAUCCCUCUUAAUUCUUUAAAUGUUUCAGUAUUGUUCCGACGAUGCAAUAGUUUCGAAUUUUUCGAGCUUAAUAGCAUUAUUAUUGUUGAUUAGAUUUGGAGAUAUCCAGUGCUGUGCGCAACGUCGAGUAUUGAUUGAGCUCUGUUAAUUGUGUAUUUCAAACAUUUUUUAUUACUGAUAGAUAGUGUUUAUACAGAAAAAACCAUUGCAAUAAUUGAGUUUACAAUUAUUAUUAUAUAUUAUUUUUAUUUUAUUAUUAUUAUAAAUAAAUAAUUCCUUCAUAA